AUGGGGAACUUUAUGAAGAUGCUCGCCGAUGUACCGGAAGACAGAAGAGCAAACAUAAUUUAUCAACAUGACGGAUGUCCAGCCCACUUCCGAAUCACAAUUCGUCAAUUGCUGGAUGAAACCUAUCCAAACCGAUGGAUAGGGCGCGGUGGACCGAUUCCGUGGCUUGCACGUAGCCCUGAUCUUACGCCGCUAGACUUUUACGUCUGGGGUCAUAGAAAGACCUAG